UAAUUUCAUACAAACAAAUUGACAAGUACAGGGGCCCCAAUUUAAUCUUGUCGUAUUUUGUAUUUACAUUAAAUCCCAUCAUUUCAUUAGUUAACAGUGAGUGAAUCUUGUUAAGAGCUCAUACCCAGUAAAGGCAAAAAGUUGCGUCAGCACCAGUUCGAAAUAUCCCAAUAAUCGCGCAGGCGUAUACAUGAAAAUUUUGCGUAGUUUUGUGGUUGUGAUUAUUUUGCAAAUUAUUUGUUAUCUAACAACACAAGAAGGAUAGUUGAAUGGUGAAAAAUGAUACCAGAUAACGUGACACUCAUCGUCAAAGCUCCUAAUCAGCAGAUUGAGGAUCAGAACAUCGAAUGCCAAUCGUCAUGGACAAUAGGACAACUUAAGGGCCACUUAUCUCAAGUUUACCCGAGUAAACCGAGUACGGACGAACAAAAAAUUAUAUACUCAGGCCAGUUGCUAGACGACAAUGCGAUAUUGAAGGAUGUACUCAGGACUUACGAGAGUCAGAUCGCUCAUAUAAUGCACCUAGUGUGUACGCCAAAACGGAGAAUGGCCGAGACCAAUGAUAACGAGGGUAUGAGGCGGAGGAAUGUGACGGUGAACAGUGAUAACCCACCCAGUGGACAGAGUGAAGCUGUGAGGCCGGAAGUUACUCGUCCAGAAACCCGCCAAAACGACCAGAACCACACAGUGGAGAUGCAGAACUACCUGACCUCGUUCGUCAACAACUACGGCAGGGUGCCACAGUACCCCAACUACAAUUUGGGGGGCGAUGGCUACCUGCCUGUCACCAGCGAUCCGGCGUCCAUGGCCAACCACAUGAUGAUGAUGCAGCAGGCGUAUUUGCAGUACAUGCAGCAGUAUGCUAAUAUGUGGCAGGCGGGCGCCGCGCCCCCCGCUCCCCCCGCGGAGGCCCCCCCGCCCGCGCCCCCCGCGCCGCCGCGCGACGCGGACGGGGACGACGGGCUGGCGCGCGACUGGCUGGACCACCUCUACGCGGCCUCCAGGCUCGCCAUCCUGUUCUCCCUGGUCUACCUCUACGGCAGCCCGGUGAGGCUGCUGCUGGUGCUGCUGUUGGCGGCUGCGGGUUAUCUGCACCAGAUUGGUUUCUUCCGCGACCUCCACGUGAACCCACCGCAAGUGCAACCGGAACGCCGCAACGAGCGACCGGAAAACCAGAACCAAAACCAACCGGAACAGAACCGAAACCGUAUCCAAGCCGAAGAAAACCGAAACCAGCCCGAGCAAAACCGAAACCAACCCGAGGAAAACCGAAACCAACCCGAGCGAAACCGAAACCAGAACCAACCCAGUCAGAACCAAAAUCAAGAAAUACCGGAACAAAGGGACAACGUAAAUAACCAAUCUUUGCUCGCCGUCACUUGGAUGAUUUUUACGUCAUUUUUCUCAUCACUAAUACCGGACACAAAUUAGUACAUCUUUAAUCUGUUUCAUCUAAAGAGGAAAAAACCAUAAAUAUGUGAGUAUUUUUGAAAUCUCGUCAUUAGGAGUGUGUGUUGCCAACAUCAAAAAAUGUUUUGUAAUUUAUAUUCUAAGUCUUGCCGAGUUUUCAUUAGUAAUUUUAAAUAUUUUUAAGGUCAGAAAGGUAUAUUGUGCCUAAAUGUAUAUUUGGCAUAAAUAUGAAGUAAUCUUAAUAUCAAAAUAAAAUUUAAUAUGCCAAUGUUCUUAAUGUCAAAACGGAAGUUACAAUACAAUGACAUACCCUUGACCUUAAAUUGUAUGAAAAUUUUAAACGAAAAUAAUAGUUGGAUAUUAUGAAAUUUGUAUGGAUAUUAAAAGUAAUUGCAGAGAGUAUUAUGACUACCCGUCUUUUCCCCGCUCGGGAUUACAGAGUCUUAAGAAUAUAUGAGUCGUGUAGGAUCAAAAUCGGCUAUCUGAGUUAUGGCUGACAAUAUAAAAAAUAAACCCUUUAGGACUGUUUUUCAUUUUUACAUCAAAAUUUUUGUUUGCAAGACAAAAUUAUCAUUAAAGAAUUUACAAUUUAACUCAAAGUCUGUAUUAAAGUUGAAUGUUUAGAUACGGCAGGUGUUUAUUUUGUGCAGAUAGCCACAUUUGAUACUGAACUUUGAAAAUAACCGUAUUUGAACCUGAGAUAUAGACAAAUAGCCACCUUUGAUUCCAAGCCAAUGACAAAUAGCCAUGUUUGAUACUAAUAAAAAAAAAGUAAAAUAAGGGUUGUCACUAAACAAUAUCAUGAGUAAGUAUUAUUUUUAUUUGACACCACUGGGGUAUUGUUAGUGAUAUUGUUACUCAAAUAGUGGUUCGGAUAACAAUAUCACUAUCAAUAAAUGUUAACAAACAAGCAGUAAAUUAUAUAAUAUUUAAUUAUCAACAAAAUUAAAACAAGUGAAAUUUUAAUUCCCAACAAAAUUAAGUUUUUUUUUUGUAUACAUAAAAAUGAAAUUAGAAUUUAAUAACAUAAAAAUGAAAUUAGAAUUUUCAACUGGAUAAAAUUAACGUAACAACAAAAUUAGAAAGAAAUGAUAUUUUAAUUUUAUACUUUAUACUUAAGUUACAGUGAAUUAAAAUGAAAUAGGUAGGUACUUAGUUUUUUUUAAACAUGAAAAUGAAAUAAUGACUUUCUUAAACUUAAUACAAAAUUUAAUGCAAUGUUUUUUAAGUAAUAAAAUUAGAUGGUACCGGUGACCUUCGUGCAUUUUUAUCACAGAGCAAUGAACUUCGCGCGCGGCCGGACUAGAGACGAAAGUUAGUCAAGGGUCAUUAUCAUUAAAUUCCAAAAUGCGACGUUUGGCUGUCAGCUUAGACUAUUCAGAUGCAUUACUUCUGUAAUAAUUAGUGUGGGUAAACGGUGACGCCCACUGACACGUUGCUUUUUAAAGAAUUUGUCGACAAAGGCGCCUCUAGUAGCGCGCGAGCGACACGGUGAUUCAAUGCUCUAUGAUUUUUAUAUACGAAGAUCACAGGCAUCAUCUAAUGGUUCUUCGCAAUAAUCUUGAAUUUGCUCUUCUGGUGAAGCAAUAAGAGACUCUUGUGACAUAAAUAAAUUGUCAUAAAAGGCCAAAGUUUGUAACUCCUUCCACGUAGGGCCAAAGUGUUUAACUAGCAACUUAUUUACAUCUUCCAGUUUAUUUUUGUUUACAGGUACACCACUGAGUAAAGUUUGCGGCUCAAUCAUACUUAUUUUCUUGCCCUUUUGGCAUACAUUGGCCGCUACUGCAACAUCACUUUUAUAGAAAAGUUCUCCUCGAACCAGGACACUGCCUGGCUUUUUCGACCGUUUUAAAAUGAACCUUUUGCACUCCUUGAACUUCAUAGGCCACGAUGUUGUCUGUUUGACGACAUUUUUAACGGACUUUCUCCAGUCCUUAACAGGACAAUCUUUACCGAAUUCCACCAAAGUGGCCGUUUCAGUGAUUAUGUCUUUGAUCUCGUUGGGGUGCAAUAUUACUUCAAGAUUUUUCAGUUUUUUCUCAAUCACUCCGAAUACUCUAUCUGCUGGCAUGUAUGAGUGCCCCGUCACUGGAAACACUAUUUCUAUUUUUUUAAUAGUAUUGUUUUUUAGCAGCCAACUACAACACGUACCAACUAAAAUACUAUUUUUAUUUUGGCCUCCACAGCCGUCAGCAACCAAUCGAAUAGUGUCGAUAUUAGUUUUAUCUGUUUCGGUUAAACGAUGGUAGACUGCCGAUGAAACUAGAUUAGAAUCCUUAUUAUGUUCGUUUUCAGUACAUACAUAUGCAAAAAUACGUUCUUUUGAAAAUGGAAGAGUAGAAGAUCCUUCCACCAUGGUGAAGUUGUAUAAGUAUAAUUGCCGGCUGUAAUACGUGCUCUGAUCGGGCAAUUUAGGUAGGGGCAGAUUUUUUUGGCAAUCAAAGGAUAUUACUUUCAAUCCAUCAGAUAUUUCACGUAAUUUCUCAAAAAAUGCUUUUGCUCGCAACGUAUGUACUCGUUUUUGAGUUAUCAGUUCGUUCUUUUUUUGCGGGUCACUUUCAUUUUUUAACUUCUCUGUUAGUUGUAAACACAUUGAACAGACGUCUGUUUUUGGCGAUCCAAAACCGAUAUUGUAAAAUUUGUUAAAAAUACAACGAAAAUACGACUUUUUUACCUUAGAAUUUGCAAAUUCACUGCUCUUAUAUAUUAUAAACAGUUUGUUAAUAUUGAGCUCUGAUGGUAAAUACUGUCUCUCUGCGAAUUUGCUUUUUCUGCAGUAGUGUGACUCAACACACUUUAAUUUUUGAAUGAAUGCGUGAAUAGAUUGUUUCUGAGCAUAGUAUUUAUGUUCUUUGUGGUUCCCACCACGCUUUUCGGUAGGAAACUCGGAUGUGUAAUAAAAUCUAUUCAUUACAUAUGCCACUCGGUGUUUCGUUACACCAAAUAUGGACAAAAAGAAUUUUUUGCAAAUCGGUAUUUUUUUUCCUUUAUCCAAAAUGACGUGAUAUUUUGUGGCAGUUUGUCUUUGUCCUUUAAAUCCUUGUCUUUUAUAAGCUGUGCUUUGCACCGAACAAUAUUUUAAAAUAAGUGCGUCUUGCUCUUUUUUUUCACUAUGUGCAUAAAAGUUGCGGUGCAGUUUCAUGAUUUGGUCCAUUGUCAACUUUGCACACUGUAGCGCUUUUGAUAAAUGGUUACAGACUCGUUCAGGCGCAGAUUUAGAAGAAUACCUAAAAUAGAUAAGUAAGUUCUUUAUCUCGAUAAACAAUACUUGGUAGAUGAUGUUUAUGAUAUCCAUUUUAUUGUUAUAGUAAAAAUUAUAAAUUAUUUAGCUAAAAUUAUAAAUAGAAAUCCAAAUUCUUAAUAAAUAAAAUAUUAAAUUACAAUGAGAUUGUGGCACAGCCCUAGUAACAAUACUAACCUCAUUCUUUUAGCAACAUUUCUUUGCCAUUUUUCGGGAUUUCUGCGUCGUUUUCGAGAAAACUGAUUAGUAACCAACCUAGGAUUAGACUCCAUUAUUUCAAUUUCAGUCAAUAUCUUUAGUAACACAAACUUAAACUGUAAUAAAUAAAUAAAAAUCACUCAACACUAUUUGUGCAAAAUACUGUGAUCCGCCAUAAUGUCGCGCGGCAAAUCGACGGCUGUGAUUGGUUGACGGAUGAAGAAGGCCAUGUUUGAUUUUGAAUCUUUACAGAUAGCCGUAUUUGAAAAUGAACUCGGAUUUGACGUGUAUUUUGUAUGAAAGAUAUCCAUUUUUGAUAGUAAAUCAAUGUAUACGUUAGAAGCAUUCAAAAUUUUAAAUGUUACCAUAGUCAAAACUUAUUUUUACCAAAAUUUACAGAUAGCCGCCUUUGAUUCUAUACGACUCAUAUGUAGUUUUAAAAGUUCUAAGGGUGUUCAUAAUAUUUUUUAUUAAUGCAAAGCUCGUUUUAAGCCAUUAUCAUACAAAUAUAUUAAAUAAAUUUAAACAAUUUCUUGCAAAAAAAAAUGUGUUAAAAUCAUUAUCCGACGAUAUAAACUAAUAAUUUAAUAACACAAAAAAAAUCCUUAUAAAUGCUAUGAUAUUAAAUUGUUACGGUCUUUAUAUUACCUAUUUUUUUUUUGUCAAGAUAUGAAAAUAUUUACUUUCCGUAAUAUUCAAAAAUAUAUUUUAAACUAUUCUCAAUUUAUUUACUUUAGAAACUUUGAUAAGUUUUUAAACGUGCGGAGAAAAUUAGGGUUACUCAGUUCAAAAUGUCAUUUGUUCAAUUUAGAACAAUAUUUUUUUUAUUCACAAACAAUGACAAGACAUGUCUUAUUUUGUAUCUCUUUCUAGCUCGGAGGUUAACCAGGUAAAUGGAAGGAGAAAGAAGAUAUUUCUUGCCUUGUCAAAGUUCGCGAAUUAACAAAUACAAUUUAGCUUUUGGCCGCGUUCGAUUUGGCUAUUUUAAAAUUCUGUACUGAUGUAAAACCAAAUAUUAACUGUAUAUAAAUUAUUUUUAGAUAUAGAAUUAUGAUAAUAGUGUUAAUAUUUCAGUGAUUAUAAUUGUUGUGGCGAAUUUUUUGGGCGGAAAGUAGAGAUGAAAAUAAAAAUGUCUGUCCAUUAAACCUUUCCCCUAAUCGACUUUUACAAUCUGCACGGGAAGAAAAGCAGCUGGUUUUCACACACUAUGUUUUCACUUCGCUACCCGACGGCCUAUAGAUGGCGCUAAAUUUGCACGGCAAAGUAGCAGAGAAACUAGUAGAAAAAAAAAUCCAACACUUGUUUGGUUUGGCUACUGGGGCUUUGAGCUCGGCUGUUGAGAAAUUUUGAUGGCUGCUUUUUUUUUGUCUUGUUCCUCCUAAUCUGAACUCAUACCAAUUGGAACUAGUUGUGUUAACAUUUUGUUACGAACGAUUUUUACCAAACUAAUUGACUAAAACUCCCUUAAAAACUUAGGUUUCCUUUAUCUAAAAUUAAUCUCGGAAAGUUGGGGACGGAUUGGCUGAAAAUAUUCGUCUGUUCAUUCUAAAAUGGAUCUUAAUAUAUUGCAAUAAAGCACACAAACCUUAAAUUUUAAUUUAAUUGUGUGUUUAGUUCUCAUCCACGCAGUUUGGUGAAAAUUGUAUUUUAAUCUCCCAUUUUGUGAUUUUGUUCUGCAUUUCCAUACCUAUUUAUUUGUGUAUCUCCAUCAUUGUUACGACGUAAUAUUAUUAAAUUUAGUUUUUAAUUUAUUACUUAAUCCCUAGUUGCCAACUCUCUCGGAAAAUUACCUAAAAAUGUAAACUCGUUCCAGAAAAAGUUAAAAUCUCUAAGUCUUCAGUUGACACUGGUAGAAUAUAUUUUCAGUGAAGUAAAGGAAUUACUACAAUUUUUUUUAUUUGUACUUACAAAAAAGGAAAUUCUUUGCAGAAUUCUUUAAAAGAGGAGCUACCAUUUUUCUUCCCUAUUUCUCUACAUAGUUGGCAACCCUAGCACGUGGUAAAGAUAAUAGAACAAAUUCAAGUCUAAAGAGGGUUAUUAUUCAGAGAAUUAUAUUUAGAUGAUAUUUUGAAUUAGAAAAGGUAUAUAAUUUUCCUUCAUUGCUUUAUCCAUGUGUCAUCCAGUUUUAUCAAAUGAAAGUGCUUUUAGUUAGGAUUUUAACAUAAUUUAUUUACCCAUUUUUCAUAUUUUUAAAUUAUGCUUAUAAUUAAAAAAACAUCAUACAAAGAUCGUCUGCAUUUUGUAAAUUUGUAAGAUUAAAAUUACAUAUACUGUGUAUAAAAAAUAUUAGAAUAUGUUGUUGAUGAGUUUUCACACAUUGGACUUUCAAAUAGGUACUUGUGAGAUUAAAAGUUUUAUUUAUGUAAAAGUAAUAGUUAUCUACGUUUAAAAAUCUACCCAUUAGUUCAAUGUGUGAGAACCCACAAUACUCAAGUAGAAUAAUGACUCGUUUAUGUUCUGUGAUAAGGCUCGUUUUCGUUUGCACAGUGGUGAAAUAAAUUUUUGAAUUGUA